AUGAGAGGCGCAGGAAUUAGUGUGUUCCUCGCAGCAGCGCUCCCCCUGCUGCUACAGAAAAACGAAGUUAGCACCCUGCAGCUCUAUGCCAAUGAAGUGCCCCCUACCACCGAUUCACUGAAGGGAUCACCCAAUUCGGCGGCGCCCACCAAGAAUGUAUCCAACCAAGCUUCCCCAAACAUCAUGUUGGAUAACGACACACAGUUUACUGAAUCGUUAAAGGAAUUUUUGAAGGGCACUAAUUCAGGGGAAGGAGUCAACGGAAAGAGUAAUCCCUUCCAAGGAGACUCCCUCCUAGGGGAUGGUAUCCUGGGGGAGGGCAUCUUGGGAGAUUCCUUCGUCGAGGAGAACAAAGAAUUUAUUAAGAAACAAGUCCUGUCGGACCUUUACAGCAAAUUUAUAAUAGACGUUGUAAACAACAGUACUGUAUCCUUUUUGGACAACCUAAGUGCCGACAAAUCAGGGAAUACUGAAUUCCAGAUCGAGUUGGAGGAGAGCUGCUCCCCCUUCUUUUGCGAAAAGGUGAUGAAGGCCAAGGAGGUGGAUCCGUCCGUGGCGAAGGCAACCGAAGGGAGUGCUGCCAAUUCGGUCGACCCGACCAACACGACCGAUUCGGUCAAUUCUGCCAUCCCUGCCAGUGGCCUGAGCGAUGAGAAGGAGAUCAAGCUGCACGACGGAAGGGUAGACGGUUCUGCGGAUGGUAGAGACGAUUUGGUGAUGAACCUGGAUGCCGUGAAAAGCGCCACGGAAGGUGCCACCCAAGGUGGAGCUGACCAGGCUGACAUAGAAGGUUUGUUCACCCGAACCGUAGAUGGAGACGAAGAAAAGCAGAAGAUCAUCCUUACCGACGGAGACAACGUGUACGUGUUGGAGGAAAUCACACAGGGAACCAACUCUCCAUUCAGUGAAGAAGAGUUAAAUAAGCAAAAAAUAGAACAGGAAAUAAAAAUGCAUGUACCUAGCGAGGUCAACCAACUGGACACGGAAAAGAAUAAAGACCUCCUAGAGGAUAUGAUGAACUAUUCGGACUCCAUUUUAGACGACAUAUCAGGUCCAGUGAAUAACAUACAAACGGAUUCAACAAAAGGGAUCAGAGAACAUGACCCUACGAAAGAUGCAUCUAAUUCUUCCGACUCGCUAGCGUCAGACGAAGUGAAUAAUGUGAAGGAAGAUAUUUUUACCAUGAAUGAGGAAGAGCUUUCGAAGAAGAUCCUGGACGACAUAAAAAUGAACGGAGAGGACAAGGUCGAGUGUUACACCAUGUCCAACGAUGAGAACAAAUGCAACAGCUACAAAAAGUGCACCUACGUUAACAUCGACAAUAAGGAUACCUGCUUCCUGGACUACAACUACAUGCUUUUCCUAAAGAACAAUAAUUGCUCGCUGCAGCCCAAGUCGGCUCUCCUGUCCAUCUCGAAGGACCUGCUUAAGAACGAAAUUAUUAACCGACAAAUGUUCCAGCUUCUUCGAAAUAGCAACAACAACAACUUCAUCUGCGACACCAUCACCUACUCUUUCCUAACCAACGUGGUGGACAACACCAACUACGAGGAGAUCUUCACCUGA